AGUUACGUUAUGUAAGUCAGCAGACUAGUAGUGUUGAGUGCUGUAUAUUAAAUAUUAUAUUACACACAAAUAAAUAAAUAUAAUUUAUAUAUGUUAUCAUUGUUCUUACGAGUAACGAAAGUAAUAAAAUGCGUUAUAUACAUAUCUGGAAAGCAAUCGGUGCUUUGAUUUUUGUGAAUUAUUGUCAGGCACUUGAGCAAGAAAUUGGUGAUGAGUGUACAAACAAAAAUGGUAUUGUCGGAUUUUGUCAAUAUAGAAGUAAAUGUUUCAGAGAUGCUGAUUUAGGAGCUAUAUGUAAUUCUGAACAAACUAUUAUAUGUUGUGCUAAAAAUGUUUUGAAAAACAAACAUUUUGUUUCAAGUAAUGAUCAAAAAGAAGAUCGGUCAAUACAACCUCCAUUAAACUUUAAUCCUGACUUCUUUCAUGCACCUAUAUUACAGCAAAAUCCAAUUACAAAUAUAAAUUUUUUUGACUAUCAAAAACAAAAAAAUCCCAAUUUCAUAGGCAAUGUUUUACAUCAAAGUUUAAAUACUAUGGAGUUUAUUGAAGACAGACCUUAUCAAAACUAUGAACAAGAUGUAGUUAUAAGACCUAAUAAAAAUAGAACUACAUCUAUUAGACCAACAAUUGAACAUGGGUUUUAUAGCAGUAAUAAUAAACCAAAUUCAAACAAUGAAAAUAUAUUUGGCCAUGACCAAACCACUAACAUACCUCAAAAUUAUUAUAAUUAUCCUAAUUAUGAAACACAGAGACCUGCAAGUCAAAAUAAUAAUUUCAAUCGACCAUACUAUGAAACAUACUUACAAAAUCAAAAUAAUAAUAAAUAUCAAAGUUCUGUAUCUCAAAGACCGAAUUAUAAUCAAUAUGAUAAUCAACCAUACCAAGGAGCAUACCAAUCAAAUCAAAAUAGUAGACCAAAUUAUUAUACAACCACUAAAAAACCAGAGAAUAUUUAUAGCUUAGGAAAUAAUGAAAAUAAUUCACCACUUCCAAACAGUCAAAUUAAUCAUAGUGGUUAUGAAGAAAAUAAGAGGCCUAAACAAAAUCCUAAUUAUCAUAAAACUAGUAGCAGUAUAUUGUUUCCUGACGAUGAACUUGACACAAAAUUUACAACAACCACCAAAAAAUAUUAUGAAUAUCAAGAUAGCUCAAAUGCAAAUAGAAAACGCAUCAGUGAAAAAAAAUGUGAAGAAUAUUCCAAAACACUGAGAACAACUGUUUCUGUAUUACCUCUUGCGAUUGACACAGCAUCGAAACCAGUAUCAAUAGAAAAAUGUGAUUCAAAAGGUGUUGGAUUAAUUGUCGGUGGAGCUAAGUCUGAAUUAGGAGAAUUUCCACACAUGGUGGCAGUAGGUUUCCGCACAAGCUUUGGAAAUCCAUGGAAUUGUGGUGGUACUUUAAUAAGUGACCAAUUUGUGUUAACAGCUGCUCAUUGUACGCAUAGCACACUAGGUACUCCAGUACGAGUAAGAUUAGGAGAUCUGAAUUUACAAAAUGAUAACGAUGGAGCUCAUCCAGUAGAAUUUUUGGUGAAUGAAAUCAUUAUACAUCCUAAUUACAAUAAAACAUCUAAAUAUAAUGAUAUUGCAUUAUUACGUUUGGAUAACACAGUUAAGUUUAAUGACCACAUUCGACCAGCUUGUCUUAACAACAAUGAAAAUAUCAAUUAUUCUCAUAAAGUUACUGCCACUGGAUGGGGAAGCAUUGAAUAUGGCGAUCGUUCAAGUGAUGAUUUAUUAAAAGUAGAUUUAGACUUAAUAGAUAAUCGGCAGUGUAACAAAUUAUAUGAAGCAGAAAGCAAAACAAGAACCUUAAGUAGAGGUAUUAUAGAUUCUAUGUUGUGUGCUGGAGAUUUAGCAGGAGGACAUGAUACUUGUUUGGGUGAUUCUGGUGGACCACUUGUAAUAAGAUCAGAAAAAAAUGCAUGUGUUUUCAAUUUAAUUGGGAUAACAUCAUUUGGAAAAUUUUGUGCAACAGAAAAUUCACCUGGUGUAUACACUAAAGUUUCAGCAUUUUUACCAUGGAUAGAACAAAUUGUUUGGCCCUAA